AUGUAUUCAUAUUGGUUAAGAUAUUGCUACCCUUCUGAUAUAGCUAGUGUGUCUUGCCGUGAUAUUGAUGAAUGUCAACAGGGCAUAUCAGGGUGUUCUCAAGUAUGUACUAACACGAUUGGCAGUUACUUGUGUAGCUGUUAUCCUGGAUAUCAACUGAGUAAUGACAGUCACUAUUGCAUAGAUAUUGAUGAAUGUGAUGAAGAACUUGGUGCCUGCAGUCAAAGUUGUACUAAUACUGAUGGAAGUUAUAUAUGUAACUGUACUACUGGUUAUACAUUGAAUAAUGAUGGUCAAACUUGUAAUGACAUCAAUGAGUGUAUUGUCGAUAAUGGUGAUUGUGGCAGUAUAUGUAUUAACACGAAUGGUAGCUAUUUUUGUUCUUGUGAGUCUGGUUUUACUUUAGAAGCCGACCAAUAUAAUUGCACAGAUAUCAAUGAGUGUCUCACUGAUAAUGGUGGAUGUAGUUAUACCUGUAUAAAUACUCCAGGAAGCUACACAUGUGAUUGCAGCACUGGUUAUAACUAUGAUCCCAUUGAAAUGAAUUGCUCUGACAUUAAUGAAUGUGAUAUGGCUAAUGGUGGUUGCGAGGAUAUUUGCACAAACACUAAUGGAAGUUUUUAUUGCUCAUGCUCCUCUGGUUUUGAGUUAAAAAAUAAUGUUUUCUGUUCAGAUGUUAAUGAGUGCUCACAGAGUGCUUCAAGCUGUGCCCAAGUGUGUAUUAAUACUGUUGGUAGUUAUCAAUGUAGUUGUCAUGUGGGACAUAUUUUAGCAUCUGAUGGUCGUAACUGUGAUGCAGUUGCUGUUGGAAAGUGCUUAGGAGCAGGUAUUUGUAAUCAGCAAUGUACCAAUUCUCCUGGAUCAACUGAAGGUUUUAUUUGUUCUUGUUAUUCUGGAUAUGUGCUCAGUAAUGACAGUCACACAUGCAUAGAUAUUGAUGAAUGUGAUGCUAUGAACAUAAGUUGUGAACAGACGUGUCACAACAGUCAAGGAUCCUAUUAUUGUUCAUGCUUUGAUGGCUAUGGUUUAGAUUCUGAUAAAUACAACUGCUCAGACAUCAAUGAGUGUAAUGAUGAUAAUGGGGGCUGUGAGCAAAUUUGCACUAAUACUAUUGGAAGCUACUUGUGUACUUGUAAUGUUGGCUAUGCACUGACAAAUGAUAAAUUUUGUUCAGAUAUCAAUGAAUGUAGUAUUAGCAAUGGUGGUUGUGAACAAACCUGUUACAAUACUGCGGGAAGCUAUUACUGUAUGUGUGGUACUGGAUUCACUUUAAAUGCAUACAAUAAUUGCACAGACAUCAAGGAAUGUGAUACUAAUAAUGGAGGUUGUGGCCAGUCUUGUCACAAUACAUUUGGUAGCUAUUACUGUACUUGCAACAACAGCUACUCACUCAAUGCUGACUAUCAUACGUGUGAUGAUAUUGAUGAGUGUGUCUAUGGUACUCAUGGUUGUAAUCAGAACUGUACUAAUACUAAUGGAUCUUAUCUUUGUUACUGUAUGACUGGUUAUCAUCUUAUGGACAAUCAAAAAAUAUGCACUGAUACAAAUGAGUGUCUUUUGAGUAAUGGUGGUUGUUCUCAGUUGUGUACUAAUACUAUUGGUAGCUAUCAGUGUAACUGUAGGAAUGGAUAUCAGCUAAGUGAUAAUGAAAUUGAUUGUGAUGAUAUUAAUGAGUGUAUUAAUGGCACUCAUCUAUGUGAACACAACUGUUAUAAUACUAAUGGUAGUUAUGUCUGUGAUUGUGAACCAGGCUACCAAUUAUCAAAUGGACUAACAUGUUCUGAUAUCAAUGAAUGUGAGGCUAAUAAUGGAGGCUGUGCUCAAGUGUGUGUUAAUCAAGUUGGAUCAUAUUAUUGUCAGUGUAACAAUGGAUAUACUCUUGAUGAUGAUGCUCAUGGGUGUUCAGAUCACAAUGAAUGCUUGAACAAUGUUAAUGCUUGUGAACAAAUCUGUCACAAUUCUAACAGUUCUUACUCUUGCUCAUGUUUAUCAGGAUACAGACUAGCUGAUAAUAAUAGAACUUGUGAUGAUAUUAAUGAGUGUUCUGAAGGACUGUCAAGUUGUAAUCAGUUGUGUAUUAAUACUAUUGGAAGUUAUGAUUGUGAUUGUUAUGCUGGAUUUGAUUUGAAAAGUGACAACAAAACAUGUCUAGAUAUCAAUGAGUGUACUGAUGAUAAUAGAGGUUGUUCUGAUUUAUGUACUAACACAAUUGGUAGUUAUUAUUGUUCUUGUAAUUCUGGUUACUCACUGAACAGUGACAAGCAUAAUUGCAGUGACAUCAACGAGUGUUUAUCUGAUAAUGUUUGCAUGCAUUCUUGUAUUAAUACACCUGGCAGCUAUUAUUGUACUUGUGGAUCUGGUUAUACUUUAAAUAAUGAUACAAACAUUUGUCAAGAUAUUAAUGAGUGUGGACUUAAUAAUGGGGACUGUGAACAGCUGUGUAAUAAUAGUAUUGGAAGUUACUGGUGCUCUUGUCUUACUGGAUACACAUUAGAUGCAAACAAUAUGAAUUGCUCAGAUAUUAAUGAGUGUGAUACUAACAAUGGAGGUUGUGAACAGAUUUGUACUAAUACUGAAUCAUCCUAUCAGUGUUCUUGUAGUGAAGGAUUUAGCUUACAUAACUAUUUCUUUUGUUCAGAUAUUGAUGAAUGUACUGAUGGUACUGGUAAUUGUAGUCAUAUUUGCUUAAACACAGUUGGCAGCUAUACCUGUCAGUGCCGGCUAGGAUAUGAGCUUGAUACUGAUAAUCAUAGUUGUAUUGGUAAGUUCAUUUAA